UUUUUUUUUUUUGUUUUCCAUCUUUCCCCUUUUUUUUUAUUUUAUCAUCCUUUUGUAUAGUAGUUAUGCCUCCAGAUGCCCUCUUCCGUUCGGAAGAGAUGUCUCUCAUACAAUUAUAUAUUCCUAUGGAAGUGGCUCAACCUUGUAUAGCUGAAUUAGGUGAUCUUGGCAAGGUUCAAUUCAGAGACUUAAAUCCAGAUGUCAAUGCCUUUCAACGAUCCUUUGUAAAUGAAAUUCGACGAUUUGAUGAAAUGGAACGACAGUGUCGUUACUUUCGACAACAAAUCAAACGUGGUGGUGUUCCUUUUCGUCCUUUAACUGGUACUGCUGUGCGUGCGCGAUCAACUCAGGAAAUCGAUAAUCUAGAGGAACUUUUACGAGAACAUGAACAACACCUCCUGGAAAUGACAAGUUCUUACGAAUCACUACAACAAAGAUAUCUACAACUAACUGAACUACGUCAUGUUCUCCGUGAAACCGCAUUAUUCUUUAAUCAGGCUGAAUCUCGUCAAGAAGUAAACACAAUAGGAAAUUUGGAUGAAGCGGACGAUAUUGUUCCUUUAUUGGAACGGGAUGAUGAGGAAGAAAAUAUUCAAUACGAGCUUGGUCAACUAUCGAUUGGUGUGGUAACAGGUGUUAUUGCUCGCUCACGCAUGCAAACGUUUGAACGAGUCCUCUGGCGAUCUUUGCGAGGAAACUUAUACAUGAAUUCUUCUGAAAUUGAUGAACCCAUCGUUGAUUUGGAAGAUAACGAUAAUACAGUGGACAAGAAUGUAUUUGCAGUAUUUGCUCAUGGACAGGAAAUCAUCAACAAAAUCCGCAGGAUUUCGGAAAGUAUGGGAGCGACUUUAUAUGACAUCGAUCCAUCUGAAGAUAAACGACGAGACGCUUUAUUGGAAGUUACUUCUAGGAUUGAAGAUUUAAACAACGUUUUAUCAAAUACCAACCAAACUCGUAGGGCCGAAUUGAUCACUAUAUCUGAAAAUUUAAAUGCUUGGACAAUCAUGGUACGCAAGGAAAAGGCCAUAUACCAUACAAUGAACCUCUUUAAUUACGAUGCUGGUCGCAAAUGUCUGAUUGCUGAAGGUUGGUGUCCCUCCUUUGAUAUUCCCUCUAUACAAUAUGCUCUCAAGGAAGCUACAGAUGCAUCUGGGGCCAGUUUAUCAGCUAUUGUUACCGAGUUAAGAACUAACAAGAAACCACCUACUUUUCAACGCACAAACAAGUUCACCGAAGGGUUUCAGGCGAUCAUUGAUGCUUAUGGUAUUGCUCGAUAUCGUGAAGUCAAUCCAGGUAUAUUUACUCUGAUUUCAUUUCCAUUCUUGUUUGCUGUCAUGUUUGGUGAUAUCGGUCAUGGCGCAUUGAUGUUUUUGGCUGCUCUUUAUUUGGUACUCAACGAAAAGAAAUUGGAAUCCAACAAUGGAGAGAUCUUCAGAAUGUUCUUUAGUGGGCGAUAUAUGAUGUUGAUGAUGGGGAUCUUCUCUAUCUUUACCGGAUUCAUGUAUAAUGAUUUAUUUUCAUUAUCACUAUCAACAUUUAAAUCUGGAUUCGACUGGCCUACGACAUACAAUUCGACGGAUGCAGUGGAAGGAAUCCCGAAUGGAAAUACAUAUGCUAUUGGACUUGACCCUGCAUGGCAUGGGGCUGAAAACUUUUUAUUAUUCACCAAUCCUUAUAAAAUGAAACAAGCAAUUAUCUUGGGCGUUAUACAUAUGUCCUUUGCAAUUUGUCUCAAUGUGAUUAACAAUCUACAUUUCAGGAAAAAGAUAUUCAUUUGGCUAGAAUUUGUACCUCAAAUCCUAUUUAUGGAAUCUAUUUUUGGUUAUCUGGUGUUUUGUAUUAUGUAUAAAUGGAGCGUGGAUUGGUAUGCACGAGAUGCAGAUGGUGUGCUUUUACGAGGCCAACCCCCAAACUUGUUGAACAUGUUGAUCUAUAUGUUUUUAUCUCCUGGUACGAUCAUUCCUGGUGAACAAUUGUAUUCCGGACAGGGGCCUAUUCAAGUACUUUUAUUAUUGAUUGCUGUGAUAUGUGUACCUUGGAUGUGGUUUGCAAAACCUUACUAUUUGAAAAAACAACAUAGUAUGCAUCAAUAUGCUUCUGUGGCCGAUGAUGAACAUAUAAAUGAAGAAGAUAUUUUGGAUAUUCAUAACUCGACAGCUACAGGUGCCAUUGAUGAUCCAGAGGAAGAAGAGUUUGAUUUUAGUGAAGAAAUGAUUCAUCAAACCAUUCAUACAAUUGAAUUCUGUUUGAAUUGUAUUUCCAAUACAGCAUCUUAUCUUCGUCUCUGGGCCUUAUCACUUGCUCAUGCACAAUUAUCAAGCGUAUUAUGGGAUAUGACAUUAAAGAUCUGGUUCAACUUUACUGGAUUUGUAGGCACAAUGGGAUUGGUGAUUGGUUUUGCUGUUUGGUUCUCAUUGACUUGUUUCAUUUUGAUUGGGAUGGAAGGUUUAUCUGCCUUUUUACAUACACUACGUCUUCAUUGGGUGGAAUUCGAUGGGAAAUUCUAUGCUGCUGAUGGUUAUGCCUUUCAACCCUUUAGUUUUAGAUCGAUCAUUUUAGAAGAUGAAGAAUAGAUAGAUAUUGAUCAUACCUUCUUUUUUCCCCUCCCCACUCUUUUUUUUUUUUUUCUU